CGCAGCCGCGAAGCAUGGACCACUAAGGUACGCCUACAGUUGGAACGGUCAACAUGUCUCACUACUGUUACAGCAUUCAUCCUCGAUGCGUCGAUCACCACUUGUAUUGCUUCGCCUCAGUUCGGGCUUGCACUCAGUGCACGCAGCGUAUCGCGCUACAAGCCUCCGGAGUACCGGUUCGCCGGUGUACAAAACUAUUCUCUUACGCUCGCUCGCGCCAACCUAUUUCUUCCCUUCUAUCCCAUUCAAUCGAGUGUACUGGGUGGUGCGUGCUCAAGCAUAUCAUACUCCCCAACUACAUCCUGAAGUUACCGACAACCGGCCCGUCUCUACACUUCAUCACGGCCGUCGAUCCUCCUUCCUCCUACUCAUCACGUUCAUCACGCAUAUAGCCACCGAAAUGCGCUCCUACACCCUUCUAUCACUCGCCCUCGCCGCCGCGACAGCAGCGCCCGCCUUGGGAUAUCCCUUCUUCUCGCAAUGCUCACGGCGAUCUCCUGUACGAGCGCGGGUACGGGGGCGACCUCUGGACCCGCGAAGAGCCAAGCGGACCCACCCAUCCUUACGCUUGUCCGCCUACGGUCAGCAGUCCCAGGCCGAUGCUCAAGAAGAAAAGAUCAGUCAAUCCGUAUCCUGCAUCGGAUUCGACGUCGUCCGUCUCUUCGUCAGACACCCUCGUAGACGAUUCUGCCUGCGACUGCCUCUGGCUAGGCUGCGUCGGAGCCCCUGCAUGAGAUCCGGAUGGUGCAUCGCAGUAGCAGUCAUCUUCCCCUCCGCCAGAUCUACUUGCGCCGGAGCCGCUACGCCCAAAGCUCAAACCGGCGCCGGGGUUGGAGCCCUCGUUGCGCCCGCUCCCGCCUAUCCCGAAGGCACGGAGGAGCUCGUCGGAGACACGUCGGGACUCGAUGUAGUCCUGUGAGGAUGCGGAGGUCUUGGCGGGGGCGUUGCGGAGGGCGUUGCUUGCGCGUGCGCGGGAGGAUGUGACGUCGGUGGGGA